AUGUCCUCUGCUUUUAGUACGAAGGAUUUAAAUCAUUUUGAAUAUGUUAUCGUUGGAGGUGGGAUUGCUGGUGUUGUAUGUGCUGAAACAUUAUGUGAACUUUUAAAUCCGAGCAAAUUUUCUGGAACCCUUCAGUCACCAUCAGAACGUUUAGACGAUGUACCUAAACGUGUAGCAUUAAUAUCUGCUUCUAAGACUGUGAAAACCACAAUCAAUCUAUGUCGAAUAAGCAACCUGAUUGAAACUUUCGAUGUUGAGGAGAAAUCUACUAGUUCCUGGUCAGAAAUGUGGCCUGGCACGCUGACUGUAAUUUGCGACACAAUGAUAAAACUAGACCCUUCUAGUCAUACUGUUUACUUGCAACAACGUGGUUAUGAGAAUCCUAUAUUUUAUGAUAAAUUAUGUUUAACGACCGGCGGUGUUCCUCGACUCAUUGAUCCAAAAAAUCCAUAUGUUAUCGGUCUAAGGGAUACGGAAAGUAUCAAAACAUUUCAACAUCGUCUAUUAGGCACUCGUCGUAUGAUAUUGGUUGGAAAUGGAGGUAUAGCAACGGAGAUCGCGCAUGAAGUUUCUGGUUGCCAAAUUAUCUGGGUUAUCAAAGACAGUAGCAUUAGUACGCCAUUUCUUGAUUCAGUAGCUGCUACGUUUUUAUUGGAAGCAAGGGAAAUCACAAAGCAAAACGAUUCUGUAAAGAAGGAAGCCGAAGCCAGUUUCAAACCAUCUGGAGAUGAGAUCUCAGAGGAUACGCAAAUCAGACGCAUGCGGUAUAUUGUGGCUGAAGAUGAUGAAUCAGAAAAUUAUCCAAAAGCCCCAGAAGAUCAUCUUGUGCUUGUUCCUGAUCAACAGCAAUCGUAUAAGUUGAAUGUCAGUAAAUCAUUAGUCGCUGGUGCUGCUCUAGGUCCAGAUUGGGCAUAUGGACGCAAAUUACAUGGGUGUCUUGCCAAUACCGUUGAUGGUAGACUACUGAAAGUAGUUUAUCAAACCAAAGUCAAGCAGUUUUUAUCUCCAAAAGAAUUUCAUGACUUAAACAGAUCAGAAACCUUACCGUUUGCUAACAAUAGCAAUGAUAAUAAUAGUGGGUCAGCCGUUACUAAUUGGCCAGUUUAUGUGGAGUUAACGAACGGUGAGAUUUAUGGUUGUGAUUUAGUCGUAAGUGCAGUUGGUGUCGAUGCGAAUUUGAAUCCACUAAACAGGAAUGAUAACAAUGUGGACAAUACUACUCAUAAUAAUAAUAGUAAUAAUAAUAUUACUAAUAAAGAAGCUGAAACCAUUGAAUCAUCUGCAUUUGGUGCUUUAUUUAAUUGUGCUUCUAUGGAACUUGGUGGUGGUCUCUUAGUGAAUGAACAAAUGCAAACAAAUCAAAAAGAUGUGUAUGCAGCUGGAGACUGUGUAUACGCCAAUUGGACAUGGUCUCCACAUUGGUUUCAAAUGAAAUUAUGGAGUCAAGCUAGACAAAUGGGAUUCCAAGCUGCUAAAUCUAUGUUUUCUCAUAGUCAAGGAAACGGCAAUAUCCCGUUGGAUUUUUCUUUUGAACUCUUCACUCAUGUGACUUACUUUUUUGGAUUCAAGAUUGUACUAUUGGGUCGUUUCAAUGGUCAAGGCAUGAAUCUGUCUGCAUCAGAUACAUAUCUUUUAAUGCGUGUUACACGUGGACGAGAAUUCAUCAAGUGUAUUAUGCAGUCGGGUCGUAUGCAAGGUGCCAUAUUAAUUGGAGAGACUGAUUUAGAAGAGACUUUAGAAAAUUUAAUUUUAAAUCAAAUUGAUUUAACUAAUUUAGAAGAUCGUCUUCUUGAUCCAGAUAUUGACUUGUCAGAUUAUUUCGAUUAA